AUGCCUGGAACAAGGGGUCCUGUGCCCGUACCGCUCGAGACUAAAGGCCAAAAUCUCACACAAGAAAUUCUCGAUCUCUUAGACACCAAGGAGCCCCUCCAGAGCAAUGAAGACUUCCCCGCGAUAUCGCAAGCCGAAAUCAAGGCUGCGCUGGACAGGCUAGCGAGUCGCUCGAUGGUCCAAUACAAAUCACUGGACUCGGAAAAGGUCAUUCUCACACCAGAGUCGGAAGGCAUAGUAGCGGAUGGCAGUCACGAAUUCAGGGUCUGGCAGUAUGUCAAGGAGAAGGAAAGAGUCCCAAUCGCAGACCUACCUAACAUCUUCGGAAAGGAAGUUGCGAGUGUAGGACAGGGCAAUGGAUUCAAGAACAAGUGGAUAAAGAAGGACGGGAGCGACAUCAUCCUUCUCCAGACCGAAGAGCCGAAAGAUCUCAACCGCGAACUCCUUCAAGGCAUCAAAGACACCCAAUCUCUCGACGACGCCAAACUCCUCGCUCAGCUGAAGAAGAAGAAGCUCGUCACCGUUACGAAAGUCAUCACAUACACCAUCACAAAGGGGCCCAAGUACGCGAAGGAAAUACCAGUAGAACACACAGACCUGACUGUGGAGCUACUCACGAACGAUGCCUGGAAGACCGCCAACUUCAAGCCCUACAACUUCGCUGCUCUCGGCGCAAACCAAGAUUCUGGCGCAUUACAUCCCCUGAACAAGGUCAGGCAAGAGUUCAGGAAUAUCUUCUUCUCACAAGGUUUCGUCGAGAUGCCUACAGGACACUACGUCGACACCGGUUUCUGGAACUUCGACGCGCUCUUCGUACCACAGCAACAUCCCGCCCGCGACAUGCAGGACACCUUCUUCGUUUCAUAUCCACCAAAAGCCGACAAGCCGCGGUUAGACCCUGCGAACGAAGCGACGAUGGACCGCAUGGAGGCUGGAUCAAAACGUCUCUUCUCCACACCCGAGAGCGAGAAAAAAGAAAAGAAGCCCCGAGACUUUGAGAAAUACUGGCAAGACGUGAAGAAGGUCCACCAAGAGGGCGCUUUCGGCUCAAUAGGAUACCGAUACCCGUGGGAAGAGGAUGAAUCCCUCCGUCUUGUCCUCCGCACGCACACAACCGCAGUCUCAACAUGGGCUCUCCACCGCCUCGCCGAAGACCCACGCCCCGCCCGCUACUUCUCCAUCGACCGCGUCUUCCGUAACGAAACCGUCGAUGCGACCCAUCUUGCCGAGUUCCACCAAAUCGAAGGUGUCAUCGCAGACUUCGGCCUCACACUAGGCGGUCUCAUGCGCUUCCUAGAAGACUUCUUCGCCAACAUGGGCCUGACAAACCUCCGCUUCAAACCCGCUUUCAACCCUUACACCGAGCCCAGUAUGGAGAUCUUCGGCUUCCACGUCGGUCUCGACAAGUGGAUCGAGAUUGGCAACAGUGGCAUGUUCAGGCCAGAGAUGCUGGAGCCUAUGGGUCUGCCCAAGGAUAUGCGCGUCUAUGGAUUCGGGCUCAGUCUGGAGAGACCAACGAUGAUGAAGUAUGGCGUUUCGAAUAUCAGAGAGCUGCUGGGUCAUAAGGUGGAUCUGAGCUGGAUCCGGGAACAGCCAGCUGUGCGCUUUGAUAAGGAGUAA